AUGGUGCCGCUUCCAGGCAUUAUUGCUGGAUUACUGAGCCUGUUGGGCUCACAGAAUUCAGUGGCUGCAGUUGGCGAUUUCUUAACGAACAAGCUGCUCAAAAUGAGUUUGCCAAUGAAAGUGCCGAAGCCUGUGCCACCAGUAAAAGGUUCGUUCCCGCUGGACUAUGAGGGACAAUGCAAAUACGAAAUGCUCAAAAUUGCUGAAAGUGCUGACAUGAUGAAUGUGCAAAUCAACGAGGAAUGUCGAAAGUACGCAAAAAUCUACCUACAGUGUCGCAUGGACAAGGGACUGAUGCAACGAGACGACUGGAAGUAUUUGGGCUUUCCAGAAAACGAUGAAAGGUGA